CUCGGCUCGGCCCGGCCCCGCCCUGGGCCUUUCGCUGGGCCCAGGCCGAGCCUCGUUCGGUGCUUCUCCCCUCUCCGCCACUCACCGCCACUCCGUGCACUCCCGCUCCUGCCGCCGCGGCUGCCCCCGCCCCUGCCUGCCCGCCGCGGAGGCGCACAGAGAAGCCGGCGCGGGUGCCGGGAGGCGGCUCCGGAGGCCGGCGCGGCCUCGGGCGCUACGGGCGGGGAAAGGGGCCUCGCCGCAGGAGGACCCGCGUGGUGUCGGCAAUAUGGCAGCGUCCAGCCGGGCCCAGGUGCUGCGGUUGUACCGGGCCCUGCUGCGGGAGAGCCAGCGCUUCAGCAGCUACAACUACAGAAUGUAUGCCAUCAGAAGGAUAAGAGAUGCCUUCAGGGAAAACAAGAAUGUAAAGGAUUCUGAAAAAAUAGAAGAACUAGUGAAUAAAGCCAAAGCAAACCUAGAGGUUAUUCGUCGGCAGGUUACUAUUGGGCAACUGUAUUCCACGCAGAAACUGGUUAUUGAGAGUCCAGAAAACACAUAGCUAUGAGAAGACUCCGAUCCUGAAGCGACACUGGACCAUCUUCAGCAUCCUACAGUGCCACAUACAGAUGCGUAAACUCACUGCACAUGUCUGAGCUUUUCUGUUCAGCAGAAGAAAUGCCUGAGAGACUCAGUUUUUGGCAACCAAAGUACUAUUUUCUAAUGGUUCACAUGUUCUAAAAUAUAUUGCUGUGAUAUAUGAUAGCAUGUAAGGUAGUCUUGAAAUCUGUCUGCUUGUGUGUUCCAUGUGAUGGAAUAGUUCCUGCUCUACUUUGACAAUAAAACUUCAUUAAACUACCUGUAACUAGAUACAUUUUUCUGCUGCUGACCUUAUCUCUUACUGAGCAUGAAAGAUGUUAGAUUUAAAACCCCUCACCCAGUUACUAAGUUCUUAUUGAUCCUGUUUCAUUUAAAAAUCCACAGCAUAUUACUAAACACAUAGUUCAUUUUAAAACCAGGGAUGAACAGUUUUCAUUUCCUGGACCUUGAUACUUGCGAAUUAUCACAAGCUGUGUAUUGUGGGUUUUUUUAAAGAGCAUCCCUGACAUUUCAGGAGGUAACAUAAAAAUUUCACUAGUUCUUUCCGUAGUUUCCAAGAGCUAAUAUCCGGUCUCAUCCUACCUUUAACAAUUAACAGAUCAGAACAGCAGAAGGCAAGACUUUGCAUCACUGAGGCUUGGGAGCUUUAAAGUAUGUUUUCAUCGUCAAGUCCUUUUCUAAAUUUACUGAGGUGCAGCUAUUGGCAGAAAGCCCCACAUCACUUUAUGCAAGGUUUCCCUUGUUCACAAAGCUCCUGAAUUUUGCGGGAGAAAAAGAACCUAACUAUAGCAAUAACGCAAAUGCUGAAAGUCAGGAAUUGGCAGCAAGCUUUGCCUAGCGAAAGUGAAACGCUCAGUAUAGCGUUUUAUUGGCUAUUAUUAAAUCUAUAGAACAACCAAUACUUUUAAGACUAUGUUAAAAGAAAGCAAAGCAAAAAAUUUAAUCAAGUUCUGUUCAAGUCAUUGCUGUGCUUGAAUUUGUCUCCUAUUAGAAAUUUGCAGAAAAAUUAUGCAAUGCAAAGCUUUUUUAAUGGCAUACAGGAAAAAAAGUAUCCUUUUUUCUUCAAGGGUUUGUUGUGGGUUUUUUUAAAGAAGGGAAACAGAAACUCAAAACUAGUUCCAUGACACUGUGGCCUUUAAAAACCUCCCCUUAUUUUUCUUGCUUUCCAAAAUUCAGCUUUGUUUAGAAUUUCUGUAGUUCUGCAUUGUUCAGGCUGUGGAAUAACAUUAAAGCAGAGGAUAGACAAAGUGUCCAAUUUAGAACAAAUUCCUAUUCCUCACUACCAUCAUUUAAAGUGUAUUUUAUAAUUUUGUACAGUUAGAUUGAAAUGUAUAGUAAUGCAUUCCAUUAACAAUAUAGUGCAUGGAAUAAGAUACUGUGACUACCUGAAACUACAAAUGUAGCCUCCACUCUCAAACGUAAAUACAGUAAUAAUUAUCUUAUUAGGUGUAUAAGUACUGCAAUGUAAAUUACUUUUAGUGAACAUUUUAUUAAAAUUGAAUUUAAUUAAUCUUACAGGUAAUACACAUUUAAUUCUGUGUUUUAAGUCUCCACAUUCUCAACUGGGUUAUUAAGUGCACUUAAGUUAAUGGUGAAAGUGUAGGGGAGGAAAGGUUUGAUUACUGUUUCAGGUUCCAGUGAACUCAAAUGUAGUUAACAUCUUACGCUUUAGAGGACACAGGCUUGGAAGGGCUGCCAGCUUUAUACUCUUAAGGAACUUGGUCCCUAAAACAGUACAUGCAAAAUCCUUGUUUAAAACAGCUUCGUUACUGAAACAAGCACUGUAUACUAUUUUGAGAUCUGAGAGUGUAUGCUAGGAAACAAAAUAAACAUCCUUAUAAAUAGUGUAGCCCUAAUUUAUAAAGAGGGACAACUCCAGUAACAUUUUUGCUAUUUGAAUCUAUGUUUUCACCAUCUAAAAAAAAAAAUAAAUUUCUUCCAAAAUACCAGUACCUUUCCAGUGAAGUUCUUUAUGUUUCCCGCGAGAAUACAAUUGUAGAUGAUACAUGCUGUCAUACAGGUGUGCAGGCACAGGAAUGUGUAAUUUCUUAUUAAUUCCCUCAAAAGCAUGAAGGAGAUUACUCCUCCUUAAUGCCUGAAAAUUCUGUUGUUAAAUGUCGGUGGGAGAUACAACACUACUGCACUCCUAAUUCAUGCCAUCUGCUCCUACUGUCUCAAGGUUACCACUCGGAUUAUCUCUCCCUUAGCUAUUCAUACCUGCAAAGGAACAGUAGUAACCUUCAGUAUACAAUUACAAAGAGAGCCCAUCAAGAAAAUUAAAAUAAAUAAAUAAAUAUCAGGCUCUGUAAUUUCCCUCUCCCCCAGAUCUGUGGUACAGAGGUUAGACAGCUUUCUCAGUCAAGGGAAAAUUAGUCCUUAUUCCAAAUUAACUGUAGACUUACCAUAUAGUAUUUAUACAUUACUUACUAGAAGUAAUGUAAGAAAACUUCUGCUGCCAAGGACCAAAAGCAUGUGUAAUACUAUCUAACACAAGUGCAAAGCUAGCAAAGGUAUCAGCAUUUACUACUCAAACAUCACUGCAUUUUACAUGUUUGUUCCCUGUUUUGGACAGAUCUGUCUGUUUCCUUACCAACACACAUGUAAGUGCACCCUCUACUACUGUUAGUUAUGUGCCUAUUAGUUGUUUGUGAUUGGAAGAUAACUAGAAAUAGUACUUUUUCCUUGCCUAAUGCCCAUUUUAAAUAAUUCUGUUAUAACCCAGUUCUGUAUGAAAACAUAGCUUACCAAAUGCUUUAUCAUUGAAAUCCUACAAACUACGAAAGGAGAAUACUUAGAAACCACAUCUGUUUAGGAAGUCCAGCACAGAAAUAAAAGUUGUAGUUUGGGAUGACUUCAGUAUUGUGUUUGUACCCACUUCCCCUGUUCAUAGGCAUACGCUCAUUGUCACUGCUGGAGACAGUGAACUGUAGAGCUGGCACUGUGGUCCAGCCUCAGAGUUGCUGUGCUCUUACAACUGCACCUUCUGCGCUUCACCAGUUCCGUUUACGCUGCAAUACUCAUUAAAUCUCUCUCUUGGCACGCUGUCAGGAGCUUUGUUGGAUUUUGUUAAAGCAGUGUAAACAACAGGAAUAGUUUAAACACAAAGGAAUGAUCCUAUGACUUAUGUACAAUGUCCACUAUUAUAAAAAGUGUAUCCUUUUUCCUUAGAAGGGAGCGCAAUAAAUAUCUUUACUAAAGCUGCAAUGUCUUAGCAAAAACAAGCUUGCUUUUGUAUUAUAUUAAAAAUGUUUCUCUGUUCCUGGUCUCAACAUUUUAGCAAACUAUUAACCUCAGCAGUAUGCACCAAAAUUUGAAUGUUUACAUGUACUGAAGUUUGUCAUGACUUUUACAGUAUAAACUUGGAAACAGUGCUUUGUAAGAAGAA